AUGACGGACUAUGACCCGGCAGUGCUUGCGGCAAUACAAACGAACAUUGCGGCCAACUUCGGGAAAGACGAGCGCCAGCCGACCACAGACCGCCUGGACUUCCGCGACUUCACGCCUUCGGCUCUAGAAGGGGCACAGCAGACCCCACCUCAAGGCACCUUGAAGGAGCUCGCUGAGGCGAAGCAGCUGGGAUCGUUUCACUUACUGCUGGGAAGCGACGUUGUAUACGACUCCUACCAUGGGAAGCAGCUGGCACUGGUGAUAUUGGCCAUGCUCCUGUCACCAUCACCUGACAGUGUUGGCCCUGAACCCUGCGCCGUUUUCUUGCUGCCGGACUCCCGGCCCCGACUGUCCAGCUUCGUCUCGGCUCUGCCGCAUGCAGGCCUCAGCUGCCGCAUCGAACGCUUCGAGACUAGCAGCGUCUUCUUCCGAAGGCUGCGCCGCGUCCACCCAAACCUCGGCGAGGACAACAGCUAUUCGCUGUACUUCAUCGAGCGCCUGAGACCAUGCCAAAGCGAGACUGGCAAACAACGG